AUGGAGACAAUAAUAAAAGAAGGAUUGUUAUCUACACCAAAGUUUGUACCACAUUGGUAUUUAUACGACACAUAUGGAUCAAUACUGUUUGACAAGAUUGCUAUGGAAAAUCCUUACUAUCAUCUUUAUAGAACGGAAAAGAGCAUUCUGCAGCAAAAAGCCGAUGAAAUUGUAUCGGAAUCAGAUGAUGUUGUUUUAUGUGAACUCGGUGCUGGCAGCUCUACCAAGACAACACUUUUAUUGUCCGCCUUGUUAAAAAGAAACACAACAGUGACAUUUAUUCCAAUAGAUCAAGCUAAAGAUUUCAUGGAAAACAGUGUGAAAACAUUGGUGCAGCGUUUCAACGUUGGAUUGGAAGUAAAGCCAUUCGCCGGGGAUUACAUUGAUGGCUUAAACUAUAUAAAGGAUAUUAACCAGAAUAAACUUAUCAUUUGGCUUGGAAGUAGUAUAAGUAAUAUGUCAAUGAAGAAUUUGAAGUCAAUCUUGGCGCACAUUAACACGAUAAUGGGGGAAAAUGACAGACUAUUGAUUGGUAUUGACAUCACGCAAGACAAAGACAAAGUAGUCACCAUGUACAAGCAUUUUCAAACAUGGGCACCAUUCAACUUUAAUGUCCUGACCAGACUGAAUCGAGAAUUCGGAGCGGAUUUUAAACAUGAAAACUUUGUUAUGUACACAAAUUACGUUGCAAGUGACGAUAAGAAUGGUAUUGUUGAAAACCCGCAGUAUGUUCAACACGCUCUCGAAAGUACUUGUCAACAUCAAGUUCAUGUGGAUGAUUUGGAUUUAAUGCUCAAUUUUGAAGCAGGGGAGUUGUUUUAUUGCCACGAGUUAGAGCAUAUGAGUUUGAAAUGGAACUGGAAACAGUUUGCAGACACAAUGAAGAAAGGAGGAUUUCGCAUCGAAAAAACUUGGAGCGACGACGGCAACAGAUUUGGAUUAGCUCGAUUGAGAAAAAAUGAAUAUAUAUAA